AGGCGGAGCUUUCUCUCUCUUUUGACGACCAUGGCGGCGGACGACGGCGACCCCACUAAAUUCGCUGCAAUCUACGACUCCUCCUCUCCGUCGCACCCUCUUCUCUCUAAACCCUCCACGUCCGCUCUCGAUUCUCCGCGUCGAAGUGAUCCCGAAUCCGACCCAACUCAGUUUCUUCAGAUCUCCUAUAAUUUUGGCCCCAGAACUUUCAAGGACAUCCCUUUCCUUCUUCUCUUCGAUCUUCUCGUACUCUCCACUUUUGGUUUUGGAAUCUUCUCCGUUUUCCAUAGAAAUAGCGAUUACGGGAGCUCCUCUUCCUUCACCUACGACUUCACCUCUAGCUCCUGCGUCAAAAAUUCCACCUUUACUAAAAUUUCGGAUGGGUACUCCUGGGCUUCUUCCAGUGUCAUGUACGGUAUGGUUUCUUCGUCCGAUUCAGUCUUUGAGAAGAAUUUGAUCUGGACCCUUGUUGUAACGCUCAUCUUAAGCGUGCCCUUCUGUUUUAGCGUCCUGCUUUUGCUCAAACACUACACUAAGCAGAUUGUUUAUGCUUGUUUACCUCUCUUUGUCAUUUUUCCCAUCUUUUUCAAUGUCUAUUGGUUUGUCGCUUGUACUCUUAGCCCUUCUUGUAGUGACGCCCUCCCUCUAGCUUACAGAAUUCUUGUCCUAGUCUUCAUUUUCUUGAUCAUAGGGAUCAUUGUCUGGAUCAUAGUAGCUAAUUGGCACAGGGUUGAGCUCACUAUCCAAAUCAUCAGUGUUGCAUCGGAUGCCUUGUCCAAAAAUUUGAAGCUUUUUGUUGUGUUGCCGCUGCUGACUCUCGGGUUAGUGGUGUACUAUGCGCCGAUUGUGGUGUUCUUGGUGUUUGCAAGGUUUAAUGGGAAGUUUGUGCCGCGAGAGUUGGAUGGUCACUACUUUUGUGAGUGGAAGGAAGAUUCUUGGGUUCCUGCGUAUUACGCUCUUGCCAUUUUAACGAUGCUCUGGUCUCUUGCUGUAAUGGUGGAAAUGCAAGUGUAUGUGAUAAGUGGAGCUAUUGCUCAGUGGUAUUUCUCCAAAGAAGACUCAGUGCCUAAAAAAUGCAUCCGGAGUUCUUUGAGUAUGUUACUUCUUGUUUCAAUCCUCACAUCCAAAGUAUCCCUUGCUUGGCUUCGUUUUGGAGUAUGCAGUGAUGCUAGGAACGCAUUUGGUCAAUCCUUUGGUACAAUAUGUGUAUCAGGACUUCUCAUCUGCAUUGUUCGUGUGGUCCGGGCAAUUGUGGACAAUGCAAGAGAAGAGAACCCACAAGGGAUAGUGAACUUGGUUCUCCGUUGCUGCGCAAACGCCUUACUUGGAGCCCUUGACUAUCUCAACAAGUUCACCAUCAACUUUGCUGCAAUAACAGGGGAAGCCUAUUGCACCUCUGCGAAAAUGACAUACGAGCUCUUAAGACGCAACCUACUGUCAGCUGUAUUUGUGGAAACGGUUUCCACCAGAAUCCUAACCGGAAUAGUCUUUGUCCUCUCAGCCGCAUAUGCAGUCGCGACAUGGGCUGUUCUGAGAGGCGUGAGCAACCUGGGUAUAGAUUCAUACUUGGUGGCUAUACUGGCGUGGCUGUUACUGAUUGUGGUCUUGGCUUUCUUUGUACAUGUUCUUGACGAUGUGAUAGACACAAUCUAUGUCUGUUACGCGAUUGAUAGAGACAAAGGGGAUGUUUGUAAGCAGGAAGUUCACGAGGUAUAUGUUCACUUGCCUAUCAGCAGAAGCACAAGAUCUUCUCUAAUCCCAAAUGCUCUGAAUGCAUAGGAGAAGAUGAUCCAACGUCUCUGCUUGUUGUAUUUGUUUUUUUGUUUGUUUACACCAUUGUAAAUUCCUGAGUAGAGAAAGUGAAUUGUUCGUUUGUCUUCUGGGGGUUUAUAUUGACGUUUUGUAGAGUUUAUGGGGUAAUGUUGAAUAAAAAAAAAUAGUUAUA